AUGCGGUGGUUCGCGCGGAGCAAGCUGUUGGCGUACCUCUGCGUCUUUUUCGCGUACGUGUUCACCCUCGCGGCCGGGCGCGAGGCGCGGGCCCUCGGGGCGGCCCGCGCAGGGAUCGGGGCCGACCUGGAGACGGCCGCCUCGAGCAAGAAGUGGAAGAAGGGCGGCGGGGAGUCCCACCACUCCGGUCACAAGCACUCGCACGGGAAGAAGGGCAAGAAGGGAUACAAGUCCCACCACGAGCACGGCGAGGGGAAGAAGGGCCACCACGACAAGGGCGAGAAGAAGAAGCACUACUCGGAGCACGGCGGGCACAAGAAGAAGCACCACGACGAGGGCGGCUACUACCACGACCACCACAAGGGCGAGAAGGGCAAGAAGGGCCACAAGUACGCCGACAAGGGCGCCUACAAGAAGGGCCACAGCACCAAGGGCAAGCACGAGAUCCACAAGCUCGACGAGUACAAGAAGCACAAGAAGUUUUACGACGAGCACCACGACGCCGGGCACCACAAGAAGCACGGCGGCUACGAGCACCACCACAAGAAGAAGAAGGGCGGCGAGUACAAGAAGGGCCACAAGCACUCCGGCUACAAGGAGGACCACAAGGGCAAGAAAGGGAAGCACAAGAAGGGCAAGCACUACUACGACAAGAAGGGCCACAAGGACGCUGCCGGCCACGACAAGAAGCAUCAUCAUCAUUCCGAGUACGGGAAGAAGGGUGGCCACGAGGAGCACAAGAAGUGGGGCUACAGCAAGAAGAAGGGCUGA